UGAAAUGAAGUUCACGAUUGAAGAAUUAACAGUGUAUUUCCCACACGACUACAUAUACCCAGAACAAUUGUCAUACAUGAUUGAAUUAAAACGAACCCUAGAUGAAAAAGGACAUUGUUUACUCGAAAUGCCGCCAGGAACAGGAAAAACAAUCGCAUUACUCUCACUAAUCAUAAGCUACAUACUUUCGAAAGCUCAAUCCCCGCGAAAGCUUAUUUUCUGCACCCGAACGGUUCACGAGAUGGAAAAGACUCUUGUCGAGCUUCGACUACUUCAUGCUUAUAUGGUUAAGUGUAAUGGUCCCGUUGAUAAGAUGCUCGCGCUCGGAUUCUCUUCGAAGAAGAAUCUUUGUGUUAAUAAUGGCGUUCUGGCUGCUGAGAAUUGUGAUUCAGUUGAGACUGGAUGUAGGAAAUUGACGGCUAGUUGGGUUAAGGCAAGGGCUGUAGAGGGCAUGACUGUUCCUAGGUGUGAGUUUUUUGAGCAGUAUGAAAGGGAUGACGUCGCUGCUGCUUUGCCUCCUGGAGUUUAUACUUUGCAGGAUCUAAAAGUGUUUGGAAAGGAGAAAGGGUGGUGUCCUUACUUUUUGGCACGACGUACGGUGCAGUUUGCCAAUGUGGUGGUGUAUACCUAUCAAUAUUUGCUUGAUCCAAAGGUGGCUGCAAUUAUCUCCAAAGAAAUGCAGAAAGAAUCCGUUGUGGUAUUUGAUGAAGCUCAUAAUAUUGAUGAUUUUUGUAUGGACGCACUCAGUGUGAGUGUGAGGAGGCAGACUAUUGAUGGUGCUAAAAAAAAUAUAAAAAGGAUGCUUCAAGAAAUUGACAAGAUCCGGGCCACAGAUCCAAAGAGACUCCGUGCUGAAUACAACAGGCUUGUGGAGGGUUUGGCUGUAAGAGAAGAUCUUCCUGCUACGGAUGGUUGGCUUGCAAGUCCAACCUUGCCAGAUGAUGUGCUAAAUGAGGUCGUACCGGGCAAUAUUCGUCAGGCUAAGCACUUUAUGCUGGUUUUGCAUAGCUUACUUCUGUACCUUGAGUGGUGCUUGGAAACUAAGAAUGUGAAGACGGAAAACCCUGUUAGCUUUGUUUCCUCUAUUCUUAUCGAGGCUGGAAUUAACGCAAAAACGUUGAAGUUCUGUUCUGUCCGUCUUCAAUCAUUAAUGAUGACAUUGGAAAUUACAGACACUGAUAAGUUCCUUGAUGUCCAAACGAUAUGUGAUUUUGCCACACUUGUGAGCACGUAUGCUCGUGGUUUUUCCAUUAUAAUAGAACCUUUUGACGAGAGAAAGCCUGCUAUUUCUGACGAGAGAAAGCCUGAUAUUUCUGAUCUUGUAUUGCAGCUUUGUUGCCAUGAUGCAUCUCUUGCCAUAAGACCUGUUCUUGAGCGAUUUCAGUCUGUUGUGAUUACAUCUGGCACAUUAAAGCCUAUAACUUUGUACCCUCGUCUUCUAAAUUUUAAGCCUGUUGUGAGUCGAAGUUUUACAAUGUCCUUACCAAGAAAUUCCAUAUGCCCUGUAAUCCUUACCCGUGGAAGUGAUCAGCUCCCAGUAAGUACCAAAUUUGAUGUGAUAAGUGAUCUCGCCGGAGUAAGGAAUUAUGGAAAGCUCUUAUUGGAGAUGGCAUCCGUUGUUCCGGAUGGGAUUGUAUGUUUCUUCCACAGUUACUCGUAUAUGGAGGAUAUAAUCCAAAGCUGGAAGGAAAUUGGAAUUAUGGAGGAAAUAAAUCAGUGUAAACUUGUCUUUUUUGAGACUCAAGAUGUGGUAGAAACAACAUUGGCUCUUUACAACUACCGCAAAGCUUGUGAUUGUGGAAGAGGCGCUAUCUUUUUUACAGUUGCGAGAGGAAAUGUUGCGAAAGGUGUAGAUUUUCAUCAUCAUUAUGGCCGUCUAGUAAUCAUGUUUGGUAUUCCUUUUCAGUAUACAUCAAGCAAGAUUUUGCAAGCACGCCUAGAAUAUCUAAGGGAGACUUUUAAAGAUAAAACAGAUUUUCUAACUUUUGAUGCCUUGAGACAAGCUGCACAAUGUGUGGGCUGUGUAGUCCGUUCAAAAGCUGAUUACGGGAUGGUGAUUUUUGCAGACUCAAGGUAUAACUGUGUUAAAUACCAUUCCAAAAUGCCUGAUUGGAUACUCUCUCAUUUACACCACCUGAACUUGAGCACAGACAUGGCUGUGAGUACAGCACGCAAGUUCUUCGGGAAAAUGGCCCAACCAUACGUUAAGACAGGUGGCAAUGGCAGAAAAACCUUGUUGUCCCAGGAAGACUUGCAGAACUUUAUUUCCGAGUACACCGACAAGAAUGACAGGUAGGGGUGUGCAUCGUUUUAAAACCAAACCAACUUAAAUCAGAUAUAUGGUUUAGUUCAGCAUUAUAACCGUUUCAAUAAAAACCGAUUUACUUUUCCAAAACCGCUUUGGUUCAAUUUAAAACCAGUUCAUAACAAAAAAACCAGUUUUUGUUGUGAACGGGUUCUAAAACCUUUUUUUUUGUUUGGUUUGGUUUUUAGUUCAAACCUGUUUUUUUAACCAUUUUUUUUGCUCCAAUCUGUUUUUUUAACCAUUUUUUUGGCUCCAAUCUGUUUUUUAUUCAACUAAUUAUUUUAACAACAGAUUUCCUAUAAUUCAAUAAAUCUCAUUACAUAAAUUUUAAUAAAUCAACCAUCCUAAAAUACAAUCUCAAAAGUAAAAUAAAACAAAUCACAUUAUCAAUGGGAAGCUAUGAUGCAUACAAGUACGGUACCCUGUGCAGGAACUAAUACUUUUAUGGGAUAUAAUAUUUUAAUAAAAAUUAAUAUACAAAGUAAAUAAAAAAUAAGAAUUUGUCAAUAAAAUGUAAAGAGAAUUAAAUCGAUCAACUUAUGACAAAACAUUACAAUAACAUUUAGAGGUAAAUUAAGAUCAGAUGAAGGGGAGUCAAAAAGUUAGAUAUAAAUGAAGAUCUGGAAAAAGUAUCUUCAUUUAUAUCUAACUCUUAUAUCUAACAUUUAUAUCUAACUUUUAGUUAUUUUGAAUCCCAAAUUCUCCUCAAUAUUGUCAUUUCUAAUCUUAUUUUGUCUAGUUUUACCACAUCCAACACAACAUCUUUAUCUUUGUUACACUUAUUUUAUUCUCAUGCAGAUUAUUAACUUUCGAACAUGAAAUAACGGAAUUUAGAAGGAGAAAAAGAGUAGAUCUAAAUCUAAACAAAGCUUGCAUUCAAAUAUCUAAUAAAUGACUGAUUAAGACAGUGAGGUAUAAGAUAAAAAUUAACAAAAUACAAAGAAAUUAUAGUUCUAUAUAUAUAGCAUUCAAUUUUUUCUUGAACCAAGAGGCACGACAUGGUUAUUAUAGUCCAAACAAGGAGUUAAAAAUUACAAGGUAUACAACAUAGUGGUAUUAAUUAGGCCAUAUCUCAACAACAAAGAUAAAAACUCCACAAGAGCUUAAUACAACAAAAUACAAAAAAGAAAGAGCAACCCACAAAAUUGAAACAAGCAUUAGCCAAGAAAAUGUAACUAAUGCGUCAAAUCUUGAAGUAACAAUUAAAGCAACAACACAUGAUAAAAAUACAAUCCAAGAGCAUUCAAGAAAUGAAAUUGUUAACUGCAUAGGCAAAAGAAUUGGCAAAAUCAAAAAUUGGAUAGUUGCCCUUAAAUUAAAUUUUUUAUCACCGUCCUCAGAAUAUUUGAAAGAUAAAGCAACUCAAAAAUACACCAAACUUCAUCCUCAUACAAAACUGAAAUUAGGCACUAGAAACAAAAGUAAUAAGACAUUAGACCUUUAUCAUAUUUAUGAGUUAAACUUUUUCGAUAAUAUUUAUAAAUAAUUUAUAUUUUGUUAUUUUUUAAUGUUAUUUUUAAAUUAAAUGAAGGAGGAGUUUUUUUUUUUACUAUUUUGUAUUUCAUUUGAUUGUGAGUCAUAUUUUAAAAUUAAGACACUUCCUAAAUUAUUUGUGAUGACCAUGAUGAAAGAAAUGAUGUAUUGAAGCUAUCUACAAUAUGUACACGGUUCUAAUUUAUCACCUUAUGAUAAGGAAGAUUCG